AUGGGCACUACACAUGAUACCAUGACCAAGCGUCCCAAUUUCCUCUUCAUUCUCGCCGACGACCUGGGCUUUUCCGAUAUUGGUUGCUAUGGCGCCGAGAUCCAAACGCCCAAUAUCGAUCAGCUAGCUUCUGAAGGCCUCCGUAUGCUGAAUCAUCAUACCGCCGCAGCCUGCUCGCCAACACGAGCCAUGCUUCUGAGCGGUACUGAUGCACACCUUGGAGGUUUAGGAGUCCUAAUAGAGUACAAAGGUAGCGAGAAAGGAGCUAAGCGUUAUGGUGGGAAGGCUGGCUAUGAGGGUUACCUUACUGAGGAUGUUGCAACUAUUCCUGAGAUUCUGGGGGAUAAUGGUUACUUCACCGCCAUGUCCGGAAAGUGGCACUUGGGUAUGCGCGCGAACCAAGGACCCUGGGAGCGUGGUUUCCAAAAGGCAUUUGCUAUGCUUCCGGGAUGCUGCAACCAUUAUGGUUGGGAGCCAGUGCAAGAGAAAUUCCCUGUCGGCGGUCGUCCGAUUCAUGCCGAAGAGGGUAAAAAGGUCGACAUAACUCCCAACAAGACGGAAGACCCUGAGGGUUUCUACUCGACCGACUACUACACUAAUUGUCUCCUUGAGUACUUUGGAGGCAGAGACGAAAAAGAGAAAGAGAAACCGUUCUUUGCCUUUCUUCCCUUUACAGCACCUCACUGGCCAUUGCAGUGUUCCAAGCAACAACGCGAUAAGUACAAGGGAAUGUACGAUGACGGCCCAUACGCACUACGUGAACGCCGCCUGAAGAAGCUCGUGGAGCUUGGUAUCAUUCCCGAGUCCGUGGUUCCACACAAAGUUGAGACCGAUACGGUGGGUGUUGGAGAAUGGGACGAGUUAACGCCAGAGGAGAAGAAGUUAUCGAGCCGAGCUAUGGAAGCUUACGCUGGAAUGGUCGAUUCUAUAGACGUCAAUGUCGGAAAGGUGGUGGAUUACCUCAAAUCGACCGGGGAGUAUCAUAACACGUUUAUUGUGUUUAUGAGUGACAAUGGGGCUGAGGGAGCUGCCAUGGAGGCUGUUCCUGUGAUGGGAGACAACAUCAAAAGGGCUAUUCAUGAAUACUAUGAUAACUCCUACGAGAACAUUGGAUCCUGGAACUCGUUCACCUGGCUUGGUCCUCUCUGGGCUCAAGGAUCUACCGCACCUUCGAGACUAUUCAAAUGCUUCCCAUCCGAAGGAGGCAUCCUUGUACCAUGUGUUGCAAAGUUCCCAGCCAACACGCUUUCACCUUCGUUCAAAGCAGGAUCUCUCGAUCGAUCGUUCUCAACGGUUAUGGACUUUGCUCCGACGUUUCUUGACCUGGCUGGCGUGUCUUUACCAUCUGGCAGUGGUAUCAAGACUUCCUUCCGAGGAAGACAAGUACACUCAAUCCGCGGAAAAUCAUGGGUUCCAUUUUACAGCCACGGAAAAGCAGCAGAAGAUAACCAAGUGUGGACGAUACACUCUUCCACUGAGCCGAUAGGAUGGGAACUUUUUGCACGCGGUGCUCUUAGAAAGGGUGACUGGAAGAUCGUGCACAUCGCCAGGAAAGAAGGCGGUGCUGGUGAUGGUGAUGAGGGCUGGGAAUUAUUCAAUAUCGCUCAAGACCCUGGAGAGACGACUGAUCUGGCUGAUAGCAAUCCUGAGAAACUCCAAGAGUUGAAAACGCAUUGGGAUGAGUAUGUGGUUGAGUGUGGUGUUGUUUGGGGAGAAACAGCAGAGGCUUUGGGUGUUGAUAAAGACACUGCGCCGGAGUUGUGGGAGGAUGAUACGGAGUUGCAGAAGGGUUGGAUGAACACAAAAGCGGGUACAUGUCCUGUCUAA